AUGUUUAAACGCUGGCGUGAUAAGAAAAAAGACAACGAACAGGUAGAAGUUUUUGAUCAAGCAUUCGAUAGUGAGCUCGUUGGAGAGGUCACGACACGUACCUCAAUAUCAGCUUGAAUGAAAUUGCUUUCUUUUUUCACAUUUCACAGCAAGAGAGUCCAGCGAAUACAAAACAGGCUCAGUCUCCAAACGAAACCUCCGUAAGUGUGCGGUUUUCAGUUGUUUGAUCAAACUUCUCUUUGAUGUGAUGGCACUUGAAAAUGAAAUUGAUCGAUAGCGUGCACAUGUACGUACGAGGAAUUACCUCAUUCGCGCGCGUCAACUGCAGUCGAUCGAGGUCACACAAUGAACUAGCACGUAUGCAUUUUCAAUAUGCAUGUUCAGUUUUACAAGAGUAUGCCCAUGAAAAUAAUUUUUGAUUUUUAAUACGCAAAGUGUUAAGCUUGAGUUUGUAGUCCUUCUGAGACCGUCAAGUCUUCAAACAAUUAAGUGACAUAUAUAGUGUCAUAUGUACUGUUGUACAUAUUAUGUCUGCUAGACUUACUUGGAUGCAGUUGGAAAUCUAAGAAUCUAAGAGUACGUAGGGAAUCAAUAUCCAAGCAUUACGUUGAACGCAAUGCAGUUUAUCGUAUGUAAAUUAAGCAUUAAACUUGUUAGAAAUCAUGAAGCUGUGUUACCACAAUAUUUUACGCAAUGUAAGUUUGGUUUGUGACAGUUUUAAUGCACGACAAUGUAUGCAUUUUAAGAACUAUUUGUGGUAAAAUGAGUUUAAAGAUGAUGAUCAUCAGCAAUAAAAAAUACUUGAACAGUUUGCUCACAUUAAUGCAUCUGCUCUUUCAGAUGAUAAAGAACAUCAAUUUUCUAGCAGACCAUCAAAUUGUAUUAACUGUAGGGUCACAAUCUCCUUUUUCCUGGAAUGUGCUCUAGCUUUUAUGGCUGGCAGCUUUUUCCUCCUGCUACCUGCCCUUUAAUGCUUCAAUACUCCUUCUCCCAGAAUCUUUCAAUCAUUCUAACUUCAUGAUUGCUUUUACCAGGAAGUGAACCCUCUGUCCACCAUGUCAUUAUGAGGUGGUAACAUAUUAUCAUUAGAAUUUAAAAGUAUCACAAGAUAAAGUUGGAUUUAAAUUUGUUUGGGGGUUUUCAGGCUUUGUAUGGGUUCUGGAAAACUUAAAAAGUCCCAGAACUUUAUUUUGACAUUUUCUUGGACUGGAAAGUCUUAGAAAAAGACUAUAGGUCCUUGAAAGUCCUGGAAAUCUGCUCAACUCAAGUGACAAAGUUUUCAGAACUUAUGUUUUAGAAAUGUAUGUGGACCUAUAGGGAAUUAAUUUUACAAUCUUGGAAAUGAAAGAGUUUAAGGUGAAAAUUUAAGUCCUGGAAGAAUCAAUCUGAGUCCUGGAAAAGUCCUGGAAAAGUCCUGGAACAUUCCUUGAAAUUUGUUUCUGAUAAAGGGUACAAACCCAGGGUUGUGAAGAGCAGAGAAUAGUCUGGUUUGCUUCCUAACAUACACUGAUAACAUGAAAAAUUUAGUUUAUUUCUUAGAUUUACCCCUGUUGGUUUUGGUUUUGGUUAAUUAUAAUUGUUAUUUUGUUAUCUUUGACAGGGGUUCAUUUGUCCAGUAUGUAUGAUCUCCUUCAACUCCCCAGAGGAUCUUCAAGUACAUUUUGAAACAUCUCAUGACGACAGUGAACCAGCACCAACUAGUGGGGUAAAAAAUUAUUCUCCAAGUAAAAAAUGAAAAAAGCAAUUAAGCAAAUAGCAGCUGAAUAUCACAAAGGAAAAAGGUUUUUUGUCAUUACCAGAUCCUGAUUUAAUUGUUUACUUGAUAAUUUUUGACACAGCUCAAUCUUUUGACAUGCGUGGUACUUAAAUCCAUGCUACAAACUCAAAACACAACAGGCAUGUCAUGCAUUUUGACUUAAAUUCUGUUGACAAUGUGAUACUAGAACCAAUUAAGAUGAAAUAAGAAUUAAUUGGGAAUUAAUUUUAUUUGAUUAUAGUUCAUUGCUUCUCUCCCAAACCUUGUCUGUACAUAAAUAACCUGUUUUUUUUAAUUUCUUCCAUUGUCACAUAGUCUGGCACUAGGUAGUAAAGAGGAUAAAUAAAAUCUUAAGCUGCUCUGAUUGACUUUUAACUUUCUAAUGAAAAUAGCUUUUUUGCUUUUUUCAUUGACUAGUUUUUUUUCCUUUGUUUUAAUUUUUUUCUGAACAUAACCAGGAUUUCAUCUGUCCUCUAUGUAUGAAAAAAUUCAACAGUCCAGGAGAAUUGCAGAGUCAUUUUGAUCAGGUUCAUGAGACCCAAAAUGAUUCAUCAGCAGUAAGUAAUAUACUUCUGGGUGAACAGUGAAUCUCAUAACACCAAGAUAUGAUAAGAAAUUCUCUCAACUAGCUGUUACAUAUCCCCUGUAAAGUUACUGGGAGGAAUUCUUGUUAUAUCAGCAUAAAAUCCUCUCUAAAGGGUUGCCUUUUCUUGUCACCUGUCUACUGGAUGAUACAUCAAUAUUAAUCCUUUCACUUCGAAGAGUGACCAAAUCUUGAUUUCUCCUUACAACAUCUGUGUAAUUUUUAGAAAAAAAGGUAAUGAGAAAGGAAAAAAAUAUCAAUUAGGGGAUAAUGAGGUUUACCUGAAAAAGUUAACCUUUUUCACCCUUACAUCAGUAUGCAUUUUCCAUACUGUUCUCUAGACAUUUCCUAAGUUGCUGAUAAGGAAAAUUUAUUUAACAAUCAAGAGAUUCUUUAGUUUGUGAUCAUUUCCUUUAUUCUCAUGACCUUAAUGUGUGAUUCAGGGGUGAUAUGGUAAGGAGAAAUUAGAUACUUGUCACUCUUGUGGUUCAAAGGGUUAUAGGGGAGAUUAUUACUAAGUACAUAUUAUUAACUACAGUUGUUUGGCACAACUGGAACUGAUUAGGCUAGCCAAAGGUUCUUCAACCAGAUCUGUUGCUGUAAGAUAUAAUCAGGGUUGUAGCUAAGAAAUUACACAUCCAGUUGAAAUUUCAAGAGAGGCAGCUCAAAGGUGACAUAUGAUUGUGCCCAUUGUGCUUUACUGAGUAAUUGUUAAGCAAAAAUCCAGCUGGCGAUUGCCUCUUUUUCAUCCGCCAAAUUUUGCUUGCAGCUAGAGCUUGGCAACAAGCCUGCACAAUAAGUAUAUUACCCCUUAUGUAAAAAUAUAGCCUAGAAACCAAUUCAUAGAUUUCACCCACUUUUCAGUCUACGGGCUUGAAUAAAAGUGUUCAUAUCUAUAACUGUAUCCCAAAUCAUAUGUGAUCAGUAAUAUCUAUUGGAGGGUGUAGCAGGUUAUUGUUUUGAGAAACCCUUCACUUAAUUCAAGAUCCAUCAUUUGGAAUUGAAAACUUAUAUUUUUAAUGUGUAAUUAUCAUUAUUAUUACUAUUAUCAUUAUUAUUAUUAUUAUUAUUAUUAUUAUUAUUAUUAUUAUUAUUAUUAAUAGUAAUUGUUGUAGUAGUGGCAUUACUGGUUUUAUUGUUUAAUUCAUGUUUAAAGGAAAUAUAGAAGAAGUGCAUCUGAGGUGAUAUGUUGUCUUCAUAAAAAAACCAAAGCAAAUCUUCUUUAUUAUUUCCAAUGAUAUGUAUUCCAACCUUCUAGAUAAAACCAUCAGAUGCACACUUGUCAAAAAGUUUACCUGCAGACACCACAAAAGUUUGGAACGAACGACAUGGGUCUUUGCUGUCAUUUGAUGAGGAGUUACCAGUUCCCAGAAAAGAGUCGGAAGUGUCUCGCUUGUCGAAUCAGCUCAAAGAACUGGAGGAUAAAACUCAAGAAAUUAUGUAUCUGCAGCAGGAGCUUAAUGAGUUGAAUGCUUCAUUAAAGGAAGAAAAGUGGUACUCUGCCGCUUUGAAAGAGGAGGUUGACAAGAUGACAAAAGAGAAGGUGGAAUUAGAGGAAAAAGUCAGCUCACUGGAGAUGGUUAGUGGUAACAAGUCUACCUGUGGUUUUAGGCCAAAAACAUACCCUGUAUUUUAUACACAGUUAGUGCAUACAUACACUUCUUUAAUGAUCUUAUUUUCAUUUUUGUUCCAGGAGAAACAAACGUUGGAGAUGGAUUCAGAAAGGAAGCUUAUGGAUGAAAAAGAAAACAGUGUUAAAUGUAAGUACCAGUUUCUUGGUGGAAAUUUUACAGUGGUUAUAUCUUUAAAUUUUACAGCCUAUUUCAGUAGCUUGCAAAUAACACCAAAUGAUGGUGUCUUAAAAUUGUUUUUGUCUAAUGCACAGUUUAGGUUUUUUUAAUAACUUGUAACACUUGGGAACAGUUACCACUGAUAACUGAAAUGUUUGAUAACUAAAAAGAGUUGCAAAUGCAUAAAGGGGUAACUUUCUAAAGAAACUGUGGUGCUGCAUUGAUGGGUGAGUAUAACAGGGUAAUUUGGUAUUAUCAACUAAGUUAAUAACGUAAAUUGGCCACCGUAGAGUUUCAAAGCUGACAUUUCGAGUGUUACCUCUUCAUCAGAGUGAAUGACGGAAAGGCUAAUGCUUAAAAUGUCAGCUUUGAAAUUCAACUCAACUCAGUCAAUGAUACUAAAUUACCCUAAAAAGAAUUGCAGUUCAUUUCUGAUUUUGUUUUGCAGCCAUGGCAGAGUUUGCACAGCUUAAAGUGGAGUUAGCUAAGGCACUAGAAGCACAGACUGGAAGUCAGAGCGAACAGAUGAACUUAGCACAGAGAACUUCACAACUGGUAUGAACACAUAUGAAAACUUAGCUUAUGACAAGUCAAGUUGAACUUGACAGUUUAUCUUAGUUUACAGAUGGCUUAGUAUUCUUCAUCUCAAAAUGGAAGAUGUGAAAUAUCAUGUUCAAACUUAAGGCUUGUGUAACUCCAGCCUCUUUACUUUUAAUUAGUUAUAAAAUAAUGCUAGUAACCCUUUAACUCUCAAAGGUGAUAAACAUGUAACUUCUCCCUAUAACAUCCAUACAUUAUCCAACAAACAGGUGAUGAGAAUACUCUGGGUAGAAGUUGUUAUCUUGAUCCCACUCCAAAUUCUCCCAACAAAUUUACUAGGAAAUGUGUAUCAGUUAGAGGGGAGAAUUUGUGGUCAUACCUUGGGAGUUAAAGGGUAAUAAAUGCCCACAGCUCAGCUGCAAUACUUGAAAAAGCCUGUAAAUGGGCCCUCAUUUUUAGCAUUGGUGCACUAGUGUAUCUUUGGUUGGAAGUUUGAGGCACUGAGUGAAGCAAGCUGGAGAGAAUUCUGCAAGGGGUCUGAGUUGUUGGUUAUAUUUAAAAAAAGGGAACUACAAUCAACAUUAGUUAACCCCUUACACCCUAACAUCAGUAUACACUUUCUCCACACUGCUCUCUAUACAUUUCCUAUGGUACUGACAAAGAUAAUUUGUUUAAUAAUCAAGAGCUUCUUUAGUUGGUGAUCAUUUCCUUUAUUCUCAUGACCUCAUUGUUUGUUUUAGGGGUGAUGCAGAUGGGAGAAAAUAGUUACCAAUCACUCCUAGGGGUUAAAGGGUUAAACAUUAGAGUGCAAACUUGAGCCAAGUUGAAAUUACAUUUAUUUACCUACUCUUAACUGAUCACCACAAAGUCUUAAUUUUAUCUCAUAAUAUACUGAGAUUAUAAAUAUUAUUCUGACAGUAUCUAAGAGUAUCUGCUUGUUAUGAUAGGCGACAGAAAAUGCUGGACUUAAAGCUACUUUGGAAGAGGAAAAAAAGCAACAGAAUGCUUAUAGUGAAGAAAUAAGCAGGUUGAAGGUGAGUCAUGUUUAGUACUUGUGGUAUAAGUCAGGUACUGAGUUAGCAUAUUUUGUUAUAUGACAUGUGAAGGGUAACUCUUGGUUAGUUUAUCACUAUUCCAACAAAGCUGUAGGAAACUUUUUUUUGAUUUGAUUUCAAGAGAGCUAAAACAGUAAUCAGAAUUGCUGACAGUUUUCAGGGUUUUUGCUAGCUUUUUGAGUUGCUGAAGGCCUGUUCAAUAACAAAGUUCAAUUUUUGUUUCAAUUAACAUUUGCAAGAGUCAUUUACAAAAAAAGUUAAGUGGGUAGAAUAAAGAUUGAAGGCCUGGGCUUAAGGGCCUAUAAGCUGGCUGUGCCUCUGGCUUUUUCAGUUUACAAAGUGCAAUUACUCCUUGCUUCAUGUCUUUUCAGGAACAACUAGAAGAUAAAACGAGACUCAAUGAAAACUUAGAAAAACAGCUUUUGCAAAGGUAUGUAUUUCAAAAGAAAAGUGAAAAAAAAAAAAUGGGACAUGUUUUGCUUAAACAUCCAUGUACUGAACCAUCUGUCUGUUUGUCGGCCUAACUGUCUGCUUGCCUACCUGUCUUUCUGUCUACUUGUCUGUUUGUCUGUCUAUAUGUCUGUCUGUCUAUCUGUGUAAUUGUCAUUUGCUCUGACAAAGAGCUAACGCGAGAAACAUCGGCUUUGAAACUAUUUGCAGAGGCCAAUUUAUGUUAUCAAUUCAGUUGAUAAUUUCAAAUUGUUAUGCCUAUCUGUCUGUCUGCCUGCCUGUCUGCCUAACUGUCUGCUUGUCUGUUUAUCUGUCUUACCAACUGUCCAACUAUCCCUGGGAUCUGGGACUCUAAAUUUUCUUUCCUUAAAUUUCUGUAUAUCUCCAUUACUUUUGUUCCUUGAAUUUAUUUUUAAAUGCAAUACAACUAUUCCUUUAUGUCUUUCUCCAAAGACCCUCUGGAGAUGAGGUAAUCACUUUACAGAAUCAGCUCUCUACUGCACAACAACAAGUGGCAUCCCUUCGGCAAGAAAAGGAACAGGAACACAAAUCAUGGCAGGAAAAAUUCAAUGCGACCCUAACAGAAGUCAACAGGUGUGAUCAUCAGAUUAAUAAGGAUAACAAUGUGUUACUCACCUCUUGUUUUCAUCUACCUCUAACGGACAGCUUGUGAUUUCAUAUUUUUCAGCUUACAAAUGAAAGUAAAGGAACUUGAAGUUGAAAAAGCAGCAAAAAUCGAACAAGUACAGAGGUAAAUGAAUUGUCAAGAUGAGGAAAGUUAUGCUGAAGAACAAUUUAUUUUUUGUUUUGAAAUAUUUGACUUGUCAGUGAUGUGACAUGAUUUGACAGCUUGCAGACAGCAGUAACAGCAUCUACAGAAAACAGAAAGCAAGCUCAAGAACAGAACCAGGAACAACAACGUAAUCUUAUCAACCUUCAGCAUGACCUCAGCCAGGUAGGAGCAAAGUCAGGCUAUAGCACCCAUUCCAGAAAUAAUCAUAUGGAAAAUAACAAUUAUCUCACCAAGAAGCACAACUUCCAAAUGAGGAAUACAGAAAAAAUUUCAAGUAAAAGAGAAAUGAGAGUCUGAAUUUAUUUUUAUUAUUUACAGAUUUCCAAGUUGAUUUUUGUAUCUUGGUUGAUAUCAGUGAUGACUUGAGCUGUUAAAUGUUUUUACUUUUCCAGGCUAAUGUUGUUCUGAAAGAGAGGGAAACAUUCAUUGAAUAUCUCCAAAAGCAGCUCAAUGAGGCAAAAGGCAAAUUGGAUUCUGAGGUCAGUAAUAGUUGCUUUUAAGCAGUGAUUGCAAAAUGCAUCACUCAGCCUUUGAAAACGAUGACCAUCACUUGAAGACCCAUCCAAAAACCACCUUAUAAAGUUGGGUUCCCCACUGGACACUAAUGUUAUUAUUAUUAGUAGCAGUAGUAGUAGUAGCUGUAGUAGUAUCAUCGUUAUUAUUAUUACAACAAUCAGAAUGAAUCAAGUGGUGAGGUCAUCAUCAUUAUUACCACUGAUAGUGAUUGCUCUCAACAGGUGACUUUAAAGGAAGAAUCUAAUCAACAAGUGCGAAACCUUCAAAACCAGUUGGAAGAAGAACAGAGACAAGCUCAAAACAGGUUUGUGACCAUUACUGAAAUUCUCCUUACAAUAUUGAUAGAUUUCCAAGUCAAAAGGUAGUGAGAAUUGAGAGAGAAAUAGGAACCACUGAAUGUCAUUUGUUUGAACAAAAAUACAGUCCUCAGAUCUAAAAUUGAAACACUCUGUGGAGAAUUUAAGCUAAGAUAAUAUUUAUUCUUUUUAUAACCGUAAACUUAACUCAACCCUUCAAUCCCCAUGAGUGACGAAGAUAGAAUUUCUCCUUUCAACAUCCAUACAAUAUCAAGCAGACGAGUGAUGACAAUAAAGAAGAAUAUCAAUCAGGAGAUUAUUAGUUGAUCCAAUACCAAAUUCUCAGAACCAACAUCAUAAGAAAUGUAUGGCAGACAGUAAGGAGAAUUACUAAUAGAUCUGGGAGUGAAAGGGUUAAGGCAGCCUAAAAUCCCUUUCGGGUGUAAGACUGUCAGUUGGUUCUGUUAUAUUUCUUUGUAUGUAGAGAACUGUCGAUUAAAGACCUUGAAAGCAGUCUCCAACAAAAGAAGGAUGAUAUUGCAAGAUUUGAAGAAGAAAGGACGGACCUCAUUGCAAAGGUAUAUUACAGAUAAAGUCAGCACUUGACCGGUAGAUUAUCCCUGUUUCCAUAACAAAAACUACUGGGAGUUUUUUUGCUCCAGGGCAGUUUUCAAUUGCGUUCCAAAAGUAAUCCGGGAUUGCAUUCAGUUGGUUUUCCUUUACUUCGCUUGGUGAUUGGUCCAGAAAACUCGCGCCUCUCUCUCUCAGUCAAUCAUAUGCAAAAUAAAAACCAAUCACGUCUUGGUUGCCUGCGUUUUUUCCGUUGGUUUUACUUUGAGUUCUCAUUGGUUAUUAACGGUAUUUUCCGUUCUUCCGAUUGGCUAUUGUGAUAACUUUAGUAUCAUUAACUUUCAGAUUGAAGCUGGCGGUGGAGCUGAAACAGUGAUAGAACAACUCAAACAAGAAAAGGUACAUUCUGUACACGUACAUUGGUAUCAUUUCCAUGAUUGUUAGUGUUAUUGGAAGUUGCAGCUAGUUUCAAUAACUUUUAAAUUACUAGUUUCGUUAAUUGCACAUUUUUUUUAACUUGUAAAUUAUCGACUUCGUCACGUUGUGUUGAUUACAACUGAUAUCUUAGAACAGGAUAAGAGAGAUGGAAUUUUUAAAGCUUUGUCGUUGAGAAGAUAAAGCUGUGCUAAGUCCAUCUGCUUUCAUCUAAUUUGAUUAUGUAAUGGUACUAUGGACCUUAAAGACCCAGUUUUGACCAAUAUGCAUUGAGUGCGGUGUUGGCUAUCGGCGGCCAUUAACUUGAUAUUGAUAAUUCCAUAAGCUUCGGGAAAACAAUACAAGCCUCGCUCUCGUGAAAACCAUGACAAAAAACAGACGCACGCAAGGCGUACUGGCAAAUACUGGGUCUUUACCAUGAGUCUCCUCUAGCUUAGUGGUACUGAGAGUGUCUGAAGAACCAAUCAGAAGGUCGAAAGUUCCACUCCUAUUAGGAGCACUGGGAGUUCCUUUCCUCUGAGGAUGCCUGCGUCAUUCACUGACUUACAUCACCGUUCACUUAUAUUCUAGUUGUUUACCACAAUUUUGAAACCGCUGAUCACUGUAGUGUACAGUUUGAUUGUUAUAUACGAAAUCUCACCUGUGGCAUUGCUCACUAUCAAGUUAUUUUUGGGUUAGUGGUAGGGCAUUAGAGUGCAGUGCAAAAUUCAUGAGAUCUGGCGUUUGAUUUCCUUUAGGAAACGCAUUUUUUUCUUAAAUUUCACGCGCGUUACAAAAUAAAUCGCCGGCAUGUCUUCCUUGAUAGAAAUUCUCAGAAUAAACAACAGGAAAAUGUCCUUUGCUAAUGGGAAAACUGAUUCAGGAAUAACAUUUCAACCCGUAGGAAAGUUAUCAGACCCGGCUUCAGCAGCUGGAAGCUACGCUUCAAACUCAAACACAAGAACAUUCGAAGAAGAUUGAGGAGAUGCAUAAGCAACAGAAAAAGGUUGAGUAGGCAUUCCAGAAGAUUAUUGUAGUAAUAAGUGUUUACUUGAUGUAUUCGUGUCCGUCGUUUAUAAUCGUACAGGUUGAGGAAGAGCUAGCGAAAGAAAAAGACAACACUGCAAAGCUUGAGAAUACAGUGACAGAACUUACAUCACAGUGUACGAUUUCGUUACAACAAACGGAGGAGUUCAGAAAAGAAGUGAAAGAGAAAGUGAGUGUGAUACACUGUUUGAUAGUAAAAUGGCAGAAUGACUGGUUUCAUGGAAAGUUAACUGGUCACGUUAGGUGUCCACUUUUUAAUACAAGACAGCAGCAAAGGCCUUACUUGUUAUCAAAAGAUGUUGUUAGAGCAUGUUUACGACCGAGACUAGAGUGUCUCUGUCGAUGUAGACAACCUUAGAAGAUUGCGUCAUGGUUGGUGUCUUCUGUGGUGCUAGUAUCUUUGCAAAAAAAAUUAAGGUCAUUAUCCUUUGUUUCACGAUGUAGUCACUUUCGAUGUGGAUCGCAACGUUUAGACUGCUUAAUUUUGGAAGUCAUCAUUUGUCGAGGAGGUCGACAAAUUACGCUUUUCCUUUUGAAGCAUAUUACCGUUCUUCGAUGGGAUCGGCGCAUAUAGUGCAGUUUGCAACCGAAACUUUGCGAAUGACAUCGGAGGUGACAACAUCUCGAAAAAAACGAUGUGAGCCCAACCAUUUUUGUAUUCUGUUCAGAGUGAAAGCCUCGUGGCUCUCGAAGCCGCCAAGGCCGCUGAAAAGUCUGUCUUGGAUGAACAAGUAAGAUCCUCUCAGGAGACUUUGCAGGAGAAGCUUAAGGAACUGAGUGCUCUUCAACAGCAGAAUGUUAAGGUAGAAUGAAUCGAAAACAUAGGAUGCGCUGACUUUUGAGCAAUGACAGAAUUUGCGACGGCCUAACGAUUAGCGCGCUGUUCUCUGGGUCGAGAGGUCUGGGUACGAGACCUGGUCGGGUCUUUUUGAUGUGAUGUCGGGCUGGAUACUUUUAUCUAUUGUGCCUCUCUCGGCCCAGGCCCCGUUUGUUCGAAGGGUGGAUAAGGCUAUCCAUUGGAUCACUCUCCUUAAGGUGGAAAGCGCUGCACGAUUUUGUUAACCCUUAUCCGCUGGAUAGCGUUAUCCACUCUUUGAGCAACUGAACUCUGGAGGAGUACACAUGGGUACCGGCAAACUGUCAUAGAAAUCUGGGGGGAGGGGUGGGUGGUAACUUAGAAUAGACUGCUAUCCUAUCCAUGGACAGCAACAAUAUUUCAAGUCGCUUCGUGGUUGAAAAGCUGGGAUUAGCUCUGGCUGGAUGGGCCAAAGAGUACAACUGUUUUUGAAGUGAAAUAUUUGCAUUGUGUCUAUGAUGUGGUGCAGUCUACCUCUCAUAGAUUGUCACUCCCUCACCCAGUGUAAAAAGUGUAGAUAUUGUUAGUAUUGUAUAGCAUGUAGAGUAAGCUAAUUAAUUUUAAAAAUCGUAAUGUAAGUAGUGUUAGUACCACAUAAUUUGUAGUGUAAGAUAAUUUUAAAAAAAAGCCUUUUGUAAGUAGUCGACCUUUAACGUGAGUAUCGAUAAGUAUAAAUGACAAGAGGGUAGUACUGUAAGUAACGUAAGCAUUGUUAGUAUCGUAAUUACUGUAAGUGAUAAGAUUACUGAUAGUGUUAGUACAGUACUGGCGUAUGAAAGUUAAAUGUUGAUAAAGACAUUUGUUUGUUUGAAAAAACCUUUUUGAGUGGUUCAUAUUUUGACUCUGGCUCGAAAAGCGUGGCUUAAACCCAUGAGUAAGGUCAUUGUGUUGCAUUCUUGCGCAAGACAUUGGCGCAGUUGUAAAGCAGUUUAUUUAUACAAGUUAUUCUGAGCAUUCAUUUGUAAACUGUCAGUAAUUCUGCUGGUAUCACUGGUAACAACUGAUUCUCAUCUAUUUUUGAAAGUUGAAAGAAGAUUAUGACAGCAUAAGGGAAAGCCACACAAAACUUGAAAUCCAAGUGAAGACCUCAGAAAUGGAACUGGAAAAUCAUGCAAAAAGGGCAGCACAGCUUGAAGCUGAAGUGAAAGGAAAGGUAUUGAAUUAUCUUAUUAUUUGUUCAUUUGUUUGCGAUAUUUAAACAGGCUGGCUCAGUUCAGCUAUAAAGCUGGUUGAAAUUGGGGCCGUUGUAAACAAUAACAAGGUCAGACCACAACACCGGGAGCUACGUUCUCUCCGUUUUGCAACAAGUGCGUGGGUUUGUAAACGUUCCAUUCUAACCAGUACAGUGAAGAUGCAGGAGACGGGCCCUAUCAUUUAUCGUCCUUAUCCUAGAGGACUAGAAAGUCCCACCUUUAGCAGGUGUCAUAGCAAAGGCAGCGUAUUGUCUCCAGUUAUUUUAAGACCCAAGGGUUUGGUCCGGUCUGGGGCUUGAACCCUCCCGCACGACAGUACGGCGCUCUGUACGUGAGCUAACCAAACGUGCUAAGUAAGAUAAGUAAAACUCCGGUCUGAGAGGUCUCAUUUUUACCUAUGAGUACGGAAAGCUGAAUGGUGCAAAUGUUUAAGGAAGGAAUGUAAGUUCUCAGCCGCAUUUCAGCCACGGGAAUCAGAGGCUUGUGAACAGGCCCUCGCUGCAGGACGCUCGUCCCUUCACCCGAGUUGGGAACAGUUUUGUCGGAGGUCUAGCUCUGGUAGGAAUGAGUGUUAGACUCUUUUGAGACCUCUCACGGCUCGCGUUGCUAAAGGUGUCAUACUUUCCCGCGGGCAAAGACGCAAUCGUGCCGAAGCACUUAAAAUAUGGGCCUGCUUGCUGGCUUGGGAAUUAGUGGAUAUGUCUGGUGAUUUUUUUAUUUUUUUUUCUGUAGGUUGAGGUAAUGACAUUGCUACAACAAGAGAAAGCGUCAGAGAAAAGUUCCUUGGAAAAACAAAUUGAUGACGCGCAGCAGUCCUUAAGCAAAAAGGAAAAAGAAAUUUUGGUUUUAAGAGGAGAACUGCAACAGGUAAUUGGCUUGAUCUAACACUUCUAAAUUUAAAAGAAAAAAUGUUAAAAGUUGUGCGUCAUGAAACAGACUUAAAUUGUCAGACUCCAUUCGCCAUGUUCUGAAAUAAAUAACCAUUUUUUUUAAUUUUUAAGUAUAAGGAAAAAUCUGCAGAGAGCAUCAAAUCUUUGGAGAAUGAAAAGGAACAACUGUCAUUGAAUUUGACAUCUACCAAGACUUUACUGGAAGAAAAGGUUUGUGCUACGAUAAAUCACAACAAUUCUAAAAUGCAGAAGUCUCCACCGUUAACCAUUUGACCGCGAAGAGUGACUAGCAUCUAAUUUCUCCUUACAAUAUCACCUCUGAAUCACACAUUAAGGUCAUGAGAAUAAAGGAAAUGAUCACCAACUAAAGAAGCUCUGGAUUGUUAAACAAAUUCUCCUCGUCAGCUCUUAAGGAAGUGUACGAAUCACAGUAUGGAGAAUAUGCAUACUGAUGUAAGGGUAUAACGGGUAAAAGUAUUUUAUUAUGACACUGCACUGACUGUAGUGUGUAGGAACGAGGGGAAUGAAAUAUGAUGACGUGUUCUUAGCAACAGCUGGGUGUGAAUAGAUGUUCCUCUGACUUUUUCUUCACUCUUUUCCAUCCAUAACCCUUUCACCAUAACAUCAAUAUGCAUAUUCUCCAUACUGUUCUGCGUGCAUUUUGUAAGUUGCUGAAAUAAUUUGUUACAGCAAUACAGUGCUUCUUUAGUUGAUGAUCAUGACCGUUAUUCUCGUAACCUGAAUGUUUGCUUCAGGAGGGAUAUUGUGGGGAGAAAUUAGAUGCUCGUCACUCUCCAGGGCCGUGUAUAAUUUCAAGCAGUGUUUGGGUUUGAAAUAGCGUGUCGACGCCAGGAAAAUGGCAUGUAGUAUUUAAAGCAGGUUGUAGUUUCUUUCGCACAUUUUACUGAGGACUUUUUUCUUUUCUUUUUUUUUCUUUGACCAGGAAAAACUUAUCUCCAAUUUGGGAUCUGAACAGCAGGAUGCAAGAAAGGAAAUUAUUUCGUUAAAAGAGCAGUUAGCGUCUACUUCACAAGUAAGUUUAGGCGAAAGCAGUUCUUUGUUCUGUUACCCUCACAUUUCAUUUUUGUUCUCAAAAAUUAGGUUCUACCUACAGCUUGAUUUAAAGAACUUACUUAGAGCAGUUUUCAAUUGGGUGUCGAAAAGCAAAACCAAAGUGAUCUCAGUAACCAAUCGCUCUGUCGAAAUGGAACAUCUUUUCUAUGUCAAUGCAUUGUGUUCUGCAGAAACGAUUUACUUUAUUGAUUGUUGCUUUCGUUACGUUUCACAGUCCCUUAAGGAGAAGACUGAUCAGAUGGAAAGUGCGAAUAAACAAUACGUGCAAGAAAAGGUCAGCUUAAAUAUGUUUUAUAGUAUUUUUGCUCCGCUCCUAACAUGCGACUUCGUGGCUCAAUUGGUGGUAGCACCCUACUAGUAUUAGGGAGGGGGGACGGGAUGGAUUGAUCGCCGACAAAACCUGAAUUUUUCCAGAUUUCUUAAUAAAUGUAAUGACUUUAUUGGAAGUAAACUUGAAAGGAUCAAUUCGGCAAUUUUCUUGGGGGGGGGGGAAGAAUAAGUUUUCUAUGAAGGUAUUCUUCAAUAAGAAACAAAUGUUCUGUUUUUAAAUCAUAAGUUUGCGCCUUUUUUGCGGCAAUAUACCAAGGUAAGGAAAGCUAACUGUUACCACCAAUAAAAUGAAACCUCUCAAUGUGUCUGCUGGCUGUGUGUUUUUUUUUGUUGAUAGCAAACUUUAGAGGCUAAACUGUCAGAAUUGGAUGCGUCCAACAAGAACCAAGUUUCAGAGUUGAUGGGAACGCUAAAGAAUGUCAAGGAGAAGUUAAAAGAAAAAGAGGUAUUAGGAUAACUUAUAUGAAAUGAAACACAAACCUAAAGACGCUUGUAGCGCUUAUCGUUAAAGUUUCCUAUCGCAUUACCCUUUUUUCGCAUAAAUGACAUUCGAAACUAACCGUAACUUUUUCUUUUAAAAUUUGUAAAUGGGUUCAAUUAACCCUUUACACCGUAAAAUCAGAAUGCAUAUUCUCCAUACUGUUCUCUAUACAUUUCCUAAGGUGCUGACAAGGAGAAUUUGUUUACCGAUCAAAAGUUUCUUUAGUUGGUGACCAUCUCCUUUAUUCUCAUGACCUUAAAGUUUGCUUCAGGAGUGAUAUUGUUGGGAGAAAUUAGAUGCUAGUCACUCUUAGGGUUUAAAGGGUUAAAGUAAAGUGGAAAACCUCUAAAGCUUGUUUAGCAUCGCUUUUUGAUUCCACCCAUCGACACCCAUGUGUGAGCCCCCUCCACACACCCCUCCUUCAAAUUAGCCAUAGCAACAAGACCACCCCCUCCCUUCCCCGUGUUGACCCGACCAGAACUUGCUUCUUGUGACACAAGAAGCAAAUAUCCAUGACUUGCAUCAUGGAAACUGAGGUUUAGUACCCAUAAUUCAUUGCUCCUUUGAAUACUUUUCGCAAAAUUUCGAAACGGUAGGGUCCGUUAGUGACCAGCCAUUAUUUAUCACCUGGGGGUGGGGAGAGGGGGGUCGGAGGAUUUUCGAGGGGAUCACUUGGUUUUCAGGGGAACCGGAGGGGGAUCAGUCGUUGCUAACAUAUCGUUCAGUCUUAGGUUCGACCACUUUUUUUUAUUUAAUGUAAUUUUGUUUUACAACUCUCUGUGUGAUUAGUAGUGUUACUAGGUUUAUUUUGGUUACCCUUUCCGUGGGGUAUAGUGCUGCUGCAUUAGAUGAGGAAUACGUUUCCACAUAUUUUUGACCACUUCUAAAGAGUGGUUUUUUAGUGGUUUUUCGUAUCUGGCGUAGCACAGCCUAUUUUUGUAUAACCCUUCAGUUUCAGUGAGUACUUGCAGUACAUUGCAGAUUGUAGUAGGAUGUGUAGACUACAAGACUGGCUGACUCAUCCUAAAUAAACUCUCACAUUGAAUAUCUCGCCUGCGUGUAGACAGAAUCCUCAUACCUCGGCAUCGGGGUAACCAUCGCCAAGCGUAAUUGUGUAUUCGUUUUUUCAGGAAAUGUGCAACAAGCAAGUCGAAGAAUGUCAACAGCUUCAGUCAAAGGUUGGCCCUAUGUCAUCAUGAACCAGCUUUAUCUAAAGUUCAACGUGCAAAUUUCCCUUAAUUGCUUCUUUUGAUGUUAGUGGUGAGAACUCAGAGCUCUAUCGAGAAAAGUAAUCUUGCACUAAUGGUGGUCGAUUUUUUUUCCGCUAAAAGUGUAUGGCAUACUAUCUUUAACAAAUAGAAAUCAUCCAAUUUUUUUUUUGGAAGAGAGGAAAAGGAGCAUGUGUGUUUCCAAUCUUAUACUGAUUAAAUUUCACUGAUAAUGGGUUAAAAUAACUUCCUGAGGACUUUGCUUUUUAUUGUUACAAUAGAAUAUUCUGAAGAGGUUUGUGUAGAAAAUAUGACUCAAUUCUUAUUACUUUCUUUAUCAGAUUCAACAAGUUGAGCAGGAAAAAUCUUCUGUCCAGGAAGCCAUGACAGAACUUGGGAAGGUUGGUUUGUUUUGCCUCAACCACCCUCUCAACUCCUAGAAGUGAUAAACAUACAACUUCUCCCUAUAAUAUCCACACAUUAUCCAGCAAAAACGUAAGGAGAAUACUUAAACAUAUCAAGUAGAGGUUGUUAUCUUGAUCUAAAGCUUCAUUCUCGUAACUAAUGAACAAGGAAAUGUGUAGCAGCUAGAGGGGAGAAUUAACAAUCAGAUCUUGGGAGUUGAAGGGUUAAUUAAGUUGUUUUUUUGUUUUUGUUUUUUUUUCCAUUUUGUUUCCUCUUCGAAUUAACUGUUAUGUUAUUUUCGUUUUGCAUCAGACUCAUCACGAACGGAUUAUAGUUCUAGAGAGUGAGUUUAGUGCCAAGGAAUCAAAACUACAUGAGCAGGUAAAAAUUACAUGAAUGUAUAAUUUGUCAUUUAAUCUUAAAACAUCCAUUCUAAAACAUUCGCGAUUACCACGUAUUUCAUGGAUGAGAAUUGGGUGUAAGUAGUUUUAAGCAAUAGAAAUUCAUAGUCUGAGACAAAUUUUUUUUUGGUGUGGAAAAGAUUGCUGAAAAAGAAAAAAUUGCCGGUGAACUGCAGAAAUCUCUUGAGCAAAAGGAAGAACGAAUGAACGGAAUGCAAAGGAAGAUCGAGGUAUGUAAUUAGUGGAGACAUUUAAAUCAGUCACAGGAGGGGAUCAGAGUGGAUGGAUAAACGUAUGAAGCUGUGAAAACUAAAGGGGAUUCCCUGGAAGGACCCAAGCGCGAAAAAACUUGUUUAACCAAGAUGUCUUUUGAAUUUAUUUCGCAUCUGAUUGGUCGACAUUGUGGCGAAGGGCGUAUUUUGGCCAAUUAGAACAAAGAGAAAUGCAAGAAAACGGCAUUGGCCACAUUUCAUAGGUUUAAAUUUUGCAGCUAAUUGUUUGAGAGAAAUGCACGGAAGUUUCCACUAAGGAGUGGAGAGGCUGAAGCAUAAAAUAUUAAAAGGGGAUACUUAAUUUCUGCGAUGGCAACUAUUGAAAUAUUUUUUGUUAAGUUUUUUUCCUGACGUAUACUCUUUAAAUCACCUAUUGUAGGUUCUUGAGGAGGAGCUGAAAAAAGAAUGUGAAAGCUGCAAGAACUAUGAAGCUCAGCUAUGUAAACUGCAAAUUUCCUCCAAGGUAAACGGUCAUGAACAACCCUUUACUUUGUAAUGACAGACAUGAGUUUACUAAUUGGUGAAUUAGCAUGGCUUUAAAACUCUUUGAUAUUUUCUCUGAUAUCAGAGCUGGGUCAAAAAGUCAAGCGUUUAGCAAGGACUAGAGCAGCCCCCUCCCUCCCCUCUUUCUUAAGAAAUUGUUAUUACCCCUCCCCCCAUCCCCCUUAAGUGGAAACUUAGCAUAGGCAGGGAUAACAUGACGGAAAAAUUGCCUUAUAGCCCGCUAAUUACAAAAUUGCUUGUUUUUUUUCAGGAGGCACAAGAAAAAAUAGUUUGGCUUGAGAAGGAACAAGAAGACGCGCGAAGUGACAUAAAGGUAAUCUUUUACUCCCCCAACCCUCUCCUUAAUUUUUUACUGCCGUUCAACGCCUUGGUAACAAAUUUCUUUCUCUCCCCAGCCUUCCGCUGCCAUGAAAACCAACGAUGGCGGUCACAAUUUUCGCUAAGAAAAUACUGAGCACUCGCUCCCCAAAAUUACUCCUGUUCUGCAGGCUAGUUUUGAAAGUCAGACAUAAAUGUUGUCUUGUGUUAGCUAGAUGGGUUUUUAGACUUUGGGAAAUAGUUAUCAUGGAAACACAAGGCUCACUUAGUUCACGCAGGUCUCAAAUAUUAAAUACCCCAUCCAGUGAGAAUUGGUGUAGAACCAAAGUGAAGGUUUUUUAUUGGAAAUGAUACAGUGUAUAAAGCAGCUUCCGGGAACUUACGAAAUUCGAUAGGAAUUUCAUUUUGUCAUAAAGUGUGUCACUUCUUCAAUCGUGUCAGAAACUGAAAUCUCUCUAGGACAUUCACUUCUAAUUAUUACCGAAAAAUUUUUAAUGAAGUUUACCUUGCAUAUCUUGUAUAUCUGUAUUCUUAAAACUUGACGGGUCGCGUAUUUCUCUUUGUCAGGACCUUCAGAACCAAGUCACAGCUGGAGAUGAAGAACUGGGACAAUUCAAGAGACAGGCGGAGGAAAUUGAGAGUAAUUUGAGACAGACUGUAGAACAACUCAAUGAAGUAAGUUUUCAUCCAAUGGUUUUAGAGCAAUUUUUUAUAAGUGUCCAAACUAAUCCUAAAACCCUUUUGCGCUUUGUGAUUGGUCUAGAAAUCUGACAACAUUCUCUCAACCAAUCGGAUGCAAAGUUAAAACAAAUAGCGACUCGGUCACCCGCGUUUUCCCGCCUUUCAGUUAGUUUUGCCGUCUGCGUUUUCCUGCGGUUGACACAGUGUGCUUGUACUCCGAGUUCUUAUUUGGAUGGGCUGUGAUUUGGUUUUACGACACUCAUGUUAUUACAAAUUCUAUUACUAGACGACAUAACUUCCUUAUAAUAGCACUAUUCAGGCCGUGAUGCAAGGUUGGUGAUACGAAUUCUCAAUUACCCAGGAGUAUCGAAAAAAAAAGUCUUGCGGUGAAUUUGUUAGAAUCACUUAAAACGUUCUCUCGCAUUUGUGGAAGAUUGUUGCGUUGCUUUUCUCUCCAGUCUUUUAAAUAAUUUUAUUUUAUUCUUUGCUUUUGCUCUUGUCAGGCUAAGAACGCCCUAGAAACUCAAGUGUUACAUCUGGACGGCGACCUAAUAGCUUCAAGACAACUGACACAGAAGACCAAAGAGGAAAGAGUAUGUAUUUUGAACUGUAAUAUACUGCUGUGCGAGUUUAUGUGAAAAUUUUGCUAUUUAUUUACGGUUUGGAGUUAAUGUACCAGUGAUAAUAUGACAUUUGGACCCAUUAUUUUGUAGGAUUCCUUUGAGCAAGAAUUAGAAAGUCAGAGAGAUGCUCUCAAUGAAUUGAGGUAACAGCGACUACACCGCGUUUGUUUAACAUCUAGAUGUAAUAGUAUCGCUAUUUUCAUUUUAAGCGAAUUUUAAUAGAGCAUCUAGACCUAAGUUAUUACGUCAUCACGACAGCCAAUUGGAACAAAGAUAAAUUUCACAAGGAGCCUAUAAGAACUAACUGAAAACGAGGGUGACCAGUUCGCGAUUGGGUUUAAGUUUUGUAUCAGAUUGCCUGAGAGAAUAGCGUAAGUUUUCUAGACCAAUCAGAGAGUAAUAUGAAGAAAACCAAUGAGAUACCAGAUAACUUUCGACACUAAACAAGGGGCUGCCCACGGCUACUUUUUUUACUGCCGGUAGUACCGUGUUGAAGACCCUCUGAAACUUCUGAUUAUAUGUUUUCUCUAGAACUUCCUCACAAACAAAAAUAGCAGAAUUGGAGAAGAACGUUGCAGCUGAACAAGACGCAAAGGAGAAGGUAAAACAGUACAAUUACCCAUUCAUGGCACGUGUAAUUUCAUAAACUCCUUGCCUAGGAAAUUAAAAAAUUUUUUUUGUUAUUUUGAAAGAAUGGCAUGUUGUGAUUUUCAGGCACUGCAAGAGGCUCAGGAAAAGCAACAACUCUUAAUUAAACAGAAACUAGAUCUCGAAAAUAAGCUGGCUAACUCAGAAAAAGACUUACAAAAGGUAACGAGGUGAAGUUAUUUGACUCUGAGUUUGUUUUGUUUUUUUACUUUCGUGCCCGUUUCAAUACCUACCUGAUAUUCGUAGUAGGGAGAAUUUGAAUUGUUAAGUUGUUCACUCGUUUAUCCGUGAUGUGCUCUUUAAAUAAUUUAUGUUGAUGACUAUGUAUUCCCUACAGUACAGGUUGGGGAAAUUUGACGUUUAAGCUCCUAACUGGAGAAUUUCAGGAGAAUAUGAUGUUCUAUCAACACUUACAGUCCUGGCCCUGGUUGUUCAAAGGUUGGAUAACGCUAUCCACUGGAUAAAACCCUAUCCAGUUGAUAAUGCUAUACGUUUUGCUAUCACUUAUCUGCCGGAUAGCGAUUUAUCUGUUGGAUAGCGUUAUCCGCCUUUUAUACAACUGGGCCAAGCUUUAAACGCAAAACUCUUUUAGCCGGUCUGCAUACGAAUUAAUUUCUCUAACAAAGAGUACAAUUUUUGCUUUUGAGUAGCGCCAUUCUAAAGAGUUUACUUAUGUUACGCAAACAGAUUAAGGGCAACCUUCCUGACCGAAUUUUGACCGAAAUUCUUCUACUGUUUCCAGGCAAUUGAAGAACAUGAAGAAACUAAAGAAGUCUCGAAACGAGUUCAGUUGUUAUUGAAAGAGGAGACAGCCGCAGUUCAGACUAAGCUGGUGAGAUGUUUUUCCCUUUUCUCCUUUUUUGGUAUAUUCUUUUCCUACUGCUUAAAGAAGGUGUAGAAUAGAUUAUAUCGAAAAAGAGAUCUUUACUUGUCAUUUUAAGCUUCUAUCGUAAGUCAAGUACUUCAUACUCUAAAUGUGUAUUACGGGUAACCCUGGUAGCAGUUUUUUAGACGAUAUUAAUCCACACUCCUCCCCUCCCCUCCCCUCCCCUCCCCUUCCCCCUUCCCCCUCCCCCCUUUUUAUCGUUGACAGCAAAUGCAGUAAACCAGGAGGUCAAAAUUAACAUGCGUCUGUUCUUUUUCAUUUGUCUGUUUUUUGGUUGUUUUCUAAUUUCUUAUUUGUUUCUUUCGUCUCUCGCUUUUUGUUCUUUCCUGCGUUUUGUCAUUUUUCUAUUUUCCAUUUCCGUAUUCUGUCUCCAGGCAAACGAAACACAAGAACUCGAAGAACUUAAAAAGUCCAAAGAACAGAUGGAAACGAGGCUCAACAUUCAGAUAUCCUCUCUGAACGAAAACUUAGCGGCUGCGAGGACUGAGGCCGAGAAAUUCCAACAGGAGACGAGAGAGGCUGGGAAGAAACUUGCAGAUGCUGAAACACGAAAUGAUGAUUUACAGGGAGAAAUAGCUGGUAAAGUCUUCUGUGUUAAAAAGUAUUACUUGGGGUCUCCUUACUAGAAAGUUGUGACAUAUUUGAGGAUGAACCAUUUUUUCUGAUUUGUUCUUAUUAAUUAGUUUUGGAAGCAACUGUCCAAAAUAACUUGGAUGAAAGAAGAAAAUUACUUGAGAGGUAUGUAAAGCAGUGUUAAAUAGAUACUCCUUGUCAGCACCCUAGGAAAUGUAUAGAGAACAGUAUGGAGAAUAUCCAUUUUGAUGUGAGUGUGUAAAAAAGUGGGGCAAAAGUCAAAAGAAAGUCUAUUGAGUAGGGAACAGAGGGAUAAGCAGUACACAUCUUGCACCUACCCCUCCCCUAACCCAACAUUAACCCUAACUUGUUAUCAAUUGACUGUUGUUGGGUUAGGGGAGGGGUAGGUGGGCAGUUGCCCAGAUACUGAUAUUGAUCCCUCAUCUUCAACUCGACUGAUUGUUUUUCUUUAAGUGUGUGGCUGGUAAUUGUUAAACAAGUUCUCCUUGUCAGCUCUUUAGAAAUGAAGAAAUGUAAAAUGGUUUUAUGGCCAAUCAGAGCGCGCGUACUAUUUGAACUAUUUUAUAAAUAUAUAUACAGAACAGUUAAGAAAAUAUGUAUACUGAUGUAAGGAUAUAAAGGGUGAACAGAAUGCAUUGUCAACUCAACUCAUCGUUCUUCUUUAGGUGUGUAGCUGGUGAUGAGGCGAUAGAAAAGCAGAAAAAGGAAAUUUCUGAGCUGAACAGAAAAGUUGAAAAUGCGCAGGCAGCCAUGAUGGAAUUGACACAAGAGAAUCAGUCGCUACAGGUACACGGGGAAAGGAAGAGUAUUCAGUUGUAAUGCAUUUGAUUUAUGGCGUAGAAAAUUUAGAAUUAGUUUCUUUGACCGGGUAAGCCUGCAUUGCUGGCGUCUUAUUUAGUGCGAGUUAACGUCACACGCGCGCGAUCGUUUAUCCGACCGGUCAUAUUUGAUUUAGAGUAUGAGUGAACGGUGGGGGGAGGGGGUGGGGAAAGGCUCUCGCACCUUUGAUUUUCACCAUAAAAAUACUGAGCACUUUCUCGCUAAAAUGAUGCCUAUUCUGCAGGCUUUGACCAGGUCGGUAGUGGUUUUGCUCAUCAGUGAUCGAUUGACAAAUUCCUUCCGUUUUCAUGAUUGGUCACAAAGAUAGUAAAUCAAAUGACAGAGUAGCUUUGCGUGAAUUGUAUGAUUUCAAAUGAGUUAAUUAUAUUUACUUAUUUAUGUCCUCAGAUAACAACAAAUCAAAAGAACGCGAGACGGUGGGAAAGUGAUAAUGAUGUUGCGGCCUGUAAUGGCUGUGACAAACAGUUCUCCUUAAAAAUUAGAAAGGUUGGUUCUCCUGUGCCCCUUCAUUUCCCUUGAUGUGUUUCACAUGUUUCACGUUCUUUAAGAAUGUCUCUCUUUUUCGACUUAAAAUAGCCACUGUACCUAUACUAUGGAGGCAGACAUUUUCUUUUGGUUCUUUUGCUUUACUUGAAAUUGGCUACGAAGCAUAAGAUGUCAAUAAUUAGUGACCGUGAACAAUUCGUAAAUCCGUUAAACCCUAAGAGUGAUCAGAAUAUAAUUUCUCCUUACUGUAAUCCUGCUGAAUCAUUCAUUAAGAUCGUGAGAAUAAAGGAAAUGAUCGCCAACCUAAGAAGCUUUUAUUGUUAAAAGAAUUCUCCUGUCAGUACUAAAGAUAAUGUAUAGAGAAGAGUAUGGAGAAUAUGGAUUUUGAGGUUAGGGUGUAAAGGGUUUUAAAAAAAAUAAAGUUUGCGUCUCACAAGGGCCUGUUAUCACAUCCUCUUAGCCUCGAUACAAUCCCGCCUCUCUUUCUCUUAAUUCAUUUUGCAUUUCUCCUUCACGAUUCUCAAUUAUACACUUUUUUUUCAGCACCACUGUAGAAAUUGCGGGUGAGUUGACUUCAUUUUCCGUAUUUUCAGGGGAUUUCAAACGUUACACUUUCUAUAUUGGUUGUUUUCGUUGUUUAGAUUAAACCUUAAAACAUGUAAGAGUGACUAGCAUCUAAUUUCUCCUCACAAUAUCACCCCUGGAUCAAGCAUUAAGGUCAUGAGAAUAUAGGAAAUGAUCACCAACUAAAGAGCCUUUUGAUUAUUAAACACAUUCUCCUUGUCAGCACAUUAGUAAAUGUAUAAAGAACAGUAUGAAGAAUGUGUAUACUGAUGUUAGGAUGUAAAAGGUCAAAAAGAGAACUAACAAACUUGUUAUUCUUGUUUUAUUUCCUUCAAAGAUUAAUUUACUGUAGUGACUGUACAGCAAAAAGUGCUCCACUGACGUCGAGCAAGAAGCCUGUAAGAGUGUGUGACAAAUGCUUCGAUGAAGUCACGUCAGGCACAGCUAAAGUAAGCUUGUUGAUUGCGUGACAUUUGAACAAUAGAAUGAACUUACACGACACCGAAAGGAAUACUUUUGAUUCACAAGUCGGGAAAAAGUCAGAAAAACAAAUGAAAUUAUUCAAAAUCGGGGAAAAGUCAGAGAAUUUUACUCUGGUACAGGGAAAAUUUACAUCUUUGAAAAAAGUCAGGGAAAAGUGAAAUUUCAAGGAAAUGUGAUGUCGUUCAUCUUGUCUUGGCUUUCUACAAGAUGAGAAGUAGAAAAACUUUCCUUUUAUGUGAUGUUGAUCUUACUCAUGUAUUCGUUACUUAUGGAUUCGUUAGUAAGAUUGUUCAGUUGGUAAGGGAAAGUUUUCGUUUGUCAGAGAAAACUCAGGAAAAUUCGGGGAAUUUCAAAAUCUUAUCACUGUAGUAACCAUAUGAUGGUAGGAAAUGAAGUUCAAUCUUAGGUCGAUAAGCAUCCGCUGGUUCGAAAAUGAGCCCACGCUUCCUACCCGCGCGAAGACUUGAGGCGAGGAACAGCAAAGGAAAACAGCUAUACACAAAAAUGAAUUUUUAAUAUAAGUAUGAUCAUGCCUUCAAAUCUAACUUGAAUUUUUUCACUUUUCAGUCUUAUUCUCUAGGUCCAAACCAAGGCUUCAGCUAAGAAGACUUCUCAAGAGUAGAUCUUAGUAGAAGAGAUAUAUUUUUUCGCCAAGAAAGGACGUCACAAUAUGUAUUUUGCAUAUCGGUGUAUUUUUACCAAGAGAUCAUAAAUGAUAGAAAUAGAGGUCAUUCACUUUUACUAUUGAGAACUUGGAUCAAUAUCAGUAUCUGGGCAACUGCCCACCUGCCCCUCCCCUAACCCAACAUUAACCCUAGCUUGUUAUCAAUUGACUGUUGUUGAGUUAGGAGAGGGGUAGGUGGGCAGUUGCCCAGAUACUGAUAUUGAUCCGAGAACUUUACCUAAAAGGAGGGAUGGAAAGUAUAAAAAAAUACAUUUUGCAUCGUAUAAGAAUUAAUGAAUGUAUUUCCUUAGUUAGGACGAAAAUGUGAAAGUGAAGAAGUUUUUAAACGACUUAAAUUGAUUAAUGACCAUUAGUCUUUGUGAAUAUCAAGAAAAUGUUUGAUAUAUAGGUGUUUUUUUUGUGGUGGUACUUAUAAUAAGAUAAAACUGAGAGGUAAGGAACUUAUUGAGCCCAAGUGAUAAGAUUUUCACUGCGAAAAGCUCAAAAAUGUUAGCAGCAUUUUUUUGUACAAUGUUUCCAAAUGUAUUGUCAAGGUCGCUUUUUAUGGUCUUCUAUGUUUCUUUUAAAGAACUCAGAAGUUACCUCCUGAUGGAUGCAAGAGUAGUGAAUUUGUAAUGUGA